AUGGCCCCCAAUCCAAACGAGCCUGCACAGCUCAGCCAACACACGCCCCCGAGCGCCCUCUCGCCCUUCCCUCAAGAGAUUCUCGAGCGUAUCCUUUCCUUCGCAGCGCCAGGCGCACGCGCGACGAGCCUGCGCGUCAACUCGGCCUUCUAUCACGCGGGCGUGCGCAGCGCGUACGCUUUCGUCAAGAUCCUCCCCGACACCCCGCGCCCUUUCGCUUCGCCUCGCGCCGAUCAGCUUGCCGCCCAUGUCCGCACGCUCGAGCUUGGUGUCCACCCCCUCUCCGAGUGCCAGGCUGGGGCAGGGAAGGCAGCACCAUUUCCUCCAUCGAUGCCAAACCUGCGUACCCUCCGCCUCAAUCUUCGAUGCGACGGGGAAACCGAUCCCCUCCACUCUGACCUGAGUGCCGACACUCCGGCUCCUUGCGGGAUGCUCGCUGCGAGCUCUCGGAAGAUCGUCAUCCACGGUAUCAACGUCAAGAUCAGGUCUUUCCAAGUGUUGCCGAGUCUCCGCAGCACACUACCGAGCCACCGUCUUUCCGAAGUACGCGAACUGGUCUACGUGUUCGAUCCGGACAUCGACGUCGAACAGAGGGGCCACAGGCGUCUCCUUCCGGAUUGGCGAGAGGCUCCCUUCUCCGGGCCCCUCAGGUUCACAAUUGUCUUCUGGACUAAGAUCCGAGGCGAGCUCUGGGUCCCAGUUGACACAUACCGCUCCCAAACCAACGGCUCAGAUGACGAUGGUGAGCAGCGUAUUACGGCUGCUCGCAUAGAUAUACAUUUGGUGUGGUCGCUUUUCUGGGUUCUCUUCUGUCACCCAGCUCCCGAAACAGGAGAGCCUUUGAUCACCGUCGUCAACGCUGGUGCCAUCCCUCUCCACAACACACUGAAAGCGAUUGUUACUACACUCAGUCCCGAUGAGCUACGUGACGAAUUCACUGUCGACCAGCGAGCUCCCAAGAUCGAAAAGUACAUCAGGGCUCAUUUCGAGCGCCUCUGUGAACCGUACGCGAUUCCAGAUAGAUGGACACACCCCAUCAAGCGCGAGCUUGCACUCAAGAGCGUAAAAGAGUCGAUGCGCUUCAUCAGCAUGGACGAGUACCUCGCCGAGCCUGGCGCACUGGACGCGUUUGACGAGGACGCGUUGGCUGGGUGGCAGUAG